AUGGCCACAGCGACAAUGACCGGCCACGGGCGGAGACCCUCAAUGCGACACCCCGAACUGCAGAUGCCCACAAUUAACUCUGCAUCUCAGUCCACAAGUAGUCCCAUUGACAAGUUCCCUCCAUACGAAGAUUCUCUGGACGCCGCCGUGGGGUCCACGGCUCCGACCACCCGUCCGCAUCGAAGCCCCUCGGUCAAAUAUGCCCUUGGCGAUCAAUGGGAGCCACGAAAGAACGCUUCUUGGGCACGGGAUCAUCCCACGGGUGCAAUGCGAAACUCGAAGCACCGACCGCGCAAAAGUAUUAGUGAAGCGAUCACAACAAUUCGCAAUCGAAACGGAAGCGUGAGCGCCAAUGCACACGAGCUUGCGGAAGCCUUGAAAGCUCCGGUAUCAUAUCGACUCGUUGGUCUCUGUCUAGUGUGGUACCUGACCUCCGCCCUUACGAAUACCUCCUCUAAGUCAAUCCUGAACGCCCUCCCGAUGCCCAUUACCUUGACAAUCAUUCAAUUCGCGUUCGUCUCCUUCUGGUGUCUGUUCCUGGUUUGGAUGUCGAGUGUGAUUCCCGGCCUUCGGCGAAGCAUCCCCGUCCUUAAAAACGGGAUUCGGUAUCCUUCCCGCGAUGUGAUCUCAACCGCCCUCCCUCUGGCAGUCUUCCAGCUCGCAGGGCAUAUUCUCAGCUCCAUGGCCACCUCUCAGAUCCCUGUCUCCUUGGUGCAUACCAUCAAGGGUCUGUCUCCAUUGUUCACCGUUCUCGCAUAUCGAGUCCUCUUCCACAUUCGGUAUGCCAAGGCCACUUAUCUCUCGUUGGUGCCCCUCACAGUCGGCGUCAUGCUUGCGUGCUCGACGGGAAUCUCUACCAACCUGUAUGGAAUCUUGUGCGCACUCUUCGCGGCCUUGGUUUUUGUGUCUCAGAACAUCUUCUCAAAGAAGCUCUUCAAUGAGGCGGAGCGUUCGGACGCGGAGGCCGCCAAUCCCGCCCGGCGCAAAUUGGACAAGUUAAACCUCCUCUGCUAUUGCUCCGGUCUGGCGUUCUUCCUCACUUUGCCUAUUUGGUUCGUCAGUGAGGGAUAUCCCCUCAUCUCUGACUUUGUUCAUGACGGUGUCAUCUCACUUUCAGGGAAACAAGGAUCCCUCGAUCACGGCGCACUGGCUUUGGAGUUCGUCUUCAAUGGCGUUUCGCAUUUUGCGCAAAACAUAUUGGCCUUUGUGUUGCUGUCCAUGAUCUCGCCCGUCUCGUACUCCGUUGCCUCGUUGGUGAAGCGAGUGUUCGUGAUUGUUGCCGCCAUCAUCUGGUUCGGCAGCUCCACCACGCCAAUUCAAGCGGUUGGCAUCGCUCUCACCUUCUUGGGACUUUAUCUAUAUGAUCGCAACAGCCAUGAUGACGUGGCUGACAAGCGAGCGAAUGCUGAUCAUUUCCACGCAAAGGAUACCGUCUUGCCCUUGAAUGUGCGGCACUCGAGCAAGCCGUGGGACUCGAAUGGCUAUGCUUUUCCCGGCAUGAGGGCCUACGAGGCAUCAAGCGGAAAUGCUUCUCACUCACUGAAUGCCUCGAAAAAGCAAGAUGAUGGUCCUGGCCGAAUGCGACCUCGAGGGGCCAGCGUGAACCGCAAUUGGCUUCCUGGAACGAAGCAAGAAUCUACAUGGCAACCUAGUGAUUCUACAGCGGCCGCGUAA